AACAAUCAGUACUAUACAAGACAAAACAAAGGAGUCUGAUAUUUUUCAUUUUUCAUCUUAGGGUAAAUGAAAUAUUGCGAUCAACAUCUCCACUGAACAAUGCUUUCAUUAUCAAGAAUAUGUCGACCUUUUUUAACUGCUGUUCUGCAAAGGUGCAGUUCUCAGAAAUUCAAAGGCCAGGCUGCCCGAGCAAUUCAAACAAGAACAGAAACAAAAUAUAGCAGAAAUGUGUUUUGGGGUUGUGCAAUUGCAGGCUCGCUUGGUACUGGGUUUCUCUUCUUGUAUGGUCAAGAUUCACUGAAUGCUUGGUCUUUAUCUAAGGAAAAUCCAUCUCCACCCUCUUCGCCUUUGUAUUCAAAAGAGGAUGUGGCAAAACACAACUCUCCACAAAACGGUAUCUGGGUGACAUAUGGAGGGCAAGUAUAUGAUAUCACAGAGUUUGUGGGUGUACACCCUGGGGGAGAUAAGAUUCUGUUGGCAGCUGGGGGAGCACUUGAGCCUUUCUGGGCUAUGUACGCAGUACAUCAAACUGAUGAAGUUUUCAAGAUGUUAGAAGAAUAUUGCAUUGGAGAACUAAAGGCGGAAGAUAAGAAGUCUGUAGUUGAUACGAACGACCCAUACCGCAAUGACCCAGAACGCCACCCGUCGCUUGUCGUACGCUCCAAGAAACCGUUCAACGCGGAAACCCCCCUAACCUUACUGGGGGACAGCCUAGUCACACCUAAUUCCCUCUUCUACGUACGAAACCAUUUGCCGGUUCCCGAAGUUGACCCGAAAACCUACCGACUUGAAGUGAAUCUCGGAAAUGGAACUAAGCCACGUAGCUUAAGUCUGGACGAACUGAAGACGAAAUUCAAGCAACACACUUUGACUGUUGCGAUUCAAUGCGCUGGUAACAGACGCGAUGAAAUGAACGGUAUUAAGAAAGUGAAGGGCCUCACCUGGGCCGAGGGGGCUAUAGGGAAUGCUCAGUGGACUGGGGUCAAAUUACGUGACGUAUUACUCGAGGCUGGAUUCAAGGAAAGCGAGAUUGACGCGGCAAAGCAUGUUCAGUUUGAAGGUAUGGACGUUGACGUUGCAAAAGCCCCGUACGGUGCUUCCGUGUCUCUUGGAAAGGCCUUGGAUCCUCAGAGCGACACGCUGAUCGCAUUUGCCAUGAACGGUGAAGAUAUCCCUAAGGACCACGGUUAUCCCGUGCGGAUCAUCAUCCCGGGUGUGGUCGGUGCGAGGCAGGUGAAGUGGUUGAAUAGAAUCGUGAUUGCUGACGAAGAAAGCCGUUGUCACUGGCAACGCAAUGAUUACAAGGGAUUCUCACCGAGCACCGACUGGGACACUGUUGACUUCACUUCGAUGCCCUCGAUUCAGGACCUGCCUGUGCAGUCGGCCAUAUGUGAACCCGCCAACGGCGCGGUUCUGGAGGCUGGUACUGAAGAGUUUACCGUCAAAGGAUAUGCGUGGAGCGGUGGUGGUCGAGGCAUCGUAAGAGUCGAUGUUUCACCUGAUGGAGGAAAGACGUGGCAAAUCGCUGAACUAAAGAAGUCCGAGCAACCUGAAGGCAGGGCCUGGGGCUGGACUCUUUGGGAGGCAGCCAUUCCAGUCCAGAAUCGGGAUACUGUCGAAGUUUGCUGUAAAGCUAUAGAUUCAUCCUACAAUAGUCAACCAGAAAAUGUUGCUCCGAUAUGGAAUUUGCGCGGUGUCUUAUCCACUGCUUGGCACAGAGUUAAGGUGACAGUGCCACCAGAUGAAGAAUGACAAUUUGACCCUGGUUAGCUGGAAAUUAUGUUAAUUCCUAAUGUGAUCGAAAAAUAUUAAAAUAUUACUUUCACUUAUUAAACACAAUAUAGUAAAGACAUCAGUAAAUUAUGAAGAUAGCUAGCUUGGCACAGGCAGAUAUUGUAUAUUUUUAUAUUAUAACAAUACAAAACAAGCAGUUUGGCCGUAGCUUCGGGUAACGUCUCAGUCAAGAGUGGCAUAAAAACUGACUAAAAUAGGCCUUUGUCAGGAGUCAUACUAGCCUACCUGACGAUAAAGGCCCUUAGGUCGAAGCGUCGAGACGUUUUUUGAUUUCUAAUUUUGGGAGUCGUUAUAACUGUAGGGGAAAAUACUUCUAAUACCCUUGAAAGUGCAACAAAAAUUUGCUCAGAAAAUACCGAAGACGCAAAGAAGCGCCUUCAGAGGCGUUGCCGGGUGCAAGUCUGUCUAUGCCUAAAAAUAUCACAAAGUUCCUAAUAUUAUAUAUCUUCUAUGCAGGCUUAAUGAGAAUUAGUUUGAAUCAGUUUAUCAUGAUUUAUGAAUAAUGCUAUGUUUUAUUAGUUGGUAGUAAGGCUAUGAGCUUUUAUUGUAUAGAAUAGAUCAGUUUUUUAUAUCAUCAAGUACACUUCGUUGUGUUACUGUUCAUGAGAAAAGAUUGCUUUUCUGAAGUUUUUCUAUUUUUA